AAACAAAGUCACUAUGAAGAGAGUACUUUCAAAUUCAUAAUCGAAGUUGUAUCAUGUUCAUCAUUACAAAGUGAGUCCAUAAAACAGGCACAGAUCAGAAGAUUCAAUUUUAUGUCAAAAAGGGUAUCUUCUCAUCUUUUUCACUAGAGCUAUGGGAUUCACAAUGAAAAUUCACAAUUUGAUAAAGAUUUUGCUUUUACUUUUCAAUUUCCAUUUGGGUAUGAGAUCUGCAAUGGACACUAUCACCUCAGGUCAAUUCAUCAGAGACCAUGAAACAGUGAGCUCCAAUAGCAGUGACUUCAAGCUUGGCUUCUUCAGCCCUCAAAAUUCCACAAACCGCUAUGUAGGAAUCUGGUAUCUUUCUGAAUCUGACAUCAUCUGGGUAGCCAACAAAAAUCAACCAUUAUUUGAUACUUUUGGGUUUAUCACAAUCUCUAAGGAUGGGAAUCUUGUGGUUUUGGGCAAACAGAACGUGAGUAUUUGGUCUACAAAUGUCUCAAAUAUUGCAACUAAUUCAACUGCAAAACUUCUGAACACUGGGAAUCUAGUCCUCUCUGAUAAUAACACAGGAGAAACUAUUUGGGAGAGUUUCCAAGAUCCUUCAAAUGUAUUUUUACCCAAGAUGAAGCUCAGUAUCAACAAAAUAACAGGAGAGAAGGUGAAAUUUACAUCAUGGAGAAGUCUUUCUGAUCCAUCUACAGGAUACUACUCUGUUUCCCUUGAACGCCCAGAUGCUCCUGACAUUUUUGCCUGGUUUAAUGGAACUCAGCCGUAUGCUCGAACUGGUCCAUGGAAUGGAAGGAUAUUUAUAGGGAGGCCUAUGAAGCUAUCUUCUGGGUAUCUUUAUGGAUGGUACGUAAGAAAUGAUCCUGAUGGAACACUUUAUGUGACUUUUGAAUUUGCAAAUGAUUCCGAUUUUGCGAUGCUUGGCCUGAAUCCACAAGGCCAACUUUGGGUAGCAAUGUGGAACAACAAGAGGGAAGUCUUGAGGGAGGUGGUGAAUUACACUUACUGUGAUUUCUACGGCAAAUGUGGGGCUUUUGGAAGCUGUGAUUUACGAAGUUCACCAAUCUGUAACUGUUUGAAUGGGUAUGAACCAAAGAAGUUAGAUGAAUGGAACAGGCAAAAUUGGACGAGUGGGUGUGUGAGGAAGGAGCCAUUGCAAUGCGAGGGAUUUACAAAUAGAACUGACAGAGACCAAAGGGAUGGGUUUGUGAAACUUGAGAACAUGAAAGCGCCAGACUUUUUGGUGAGGUCAAUAACUGUUACAGAAGAUGAUUGCAGAACACAGUGCUUGAAUAAUUGCUCUUGUGUGGCAUAUGCAUUUGAUUUGAAUGGCAUUGGAUGCAUGCAUUGGAGUGGGGACUUGAUUGACCUAGAAAGAUUCUCAAGUGGAGGGGUUGAUCUUUACAUUCGUGUGCCUUCAUCAGAACUUGAAACACAUUCGCACAAAAGAAGAAUCAUCAUUGUAAUUACAGUGACAAUAGGAAUUAUUGCUUUAACUGCAUGUGCAUAUCUCCUAUGGAAACUGACCCCUAAACAUGCAGAAAGUGUAGGUGGGACUGGUUCACAUAGUCAGUCUCAAAGAAUGAUUAGUCAACACAAAGAAAUCAAAAUGGACGAUGAACUUCUACAUUUUGAUUUUGAAGAGCUUGCAACUGCUACAAACAACUUCCAUUCAACAAACAUGCUUGGACGGGGAGGUUUUGGUUCAGUGUACAAGGGACAACUGAAAGAUGGACAGCUAAUUGCAAUCAAAAGACUUUCAAAAGCAUCAAGACAAGGGCAAGAAGAAUUCAUGAAUGAGGUUAUAGUGAUUUCAAAGCUUCAACACCGCAAUCUAGUAAGACUUUUAGGUUGUUGCAUUCAGCAAGAUGAAAGAAUGUUAAUCUAUGAGUACAUGCAAAACAAGAGUUUGGAUACAAUUCUAUUUGAUCCAAUUAAAAAGAAACAGUUGGAUUGGCAAAAGCGUUUUAAAAUUAUUGAAGGAAUCUCUCGAGGUUUGCUUUAUCUCCAUAGAGAUUCUAGAAUAAAAAUCAUACAUAGAGAUUUAAAGGUUAGUAACAUCUUGUUGGAUGAAGAAUUAAAUCCAAAAAUAUCAGACUUUGGAAUGGCUAGGAUAUUUAGAAGCAAUGAAGAUCAAGCUAGUACUAGAAAAGUGGUUGGUACAUUUGGCUAUAUAUCUCCUGAAUACGCAAUGCAAGGACAAUUUUCUGAAAAAUCAGACGUAUUUAGUUUUGGAGUUUUAUUGCUCGAGAUUGUUAGUGGAAGAAGCAACUCUAGAUUGCAUAACAUGGAGGGAUCUCAAACUCUUUUAGGAUAUGUAUGGAAGCUUUGGAAUGAAGAUAACCUUGUGCCCUUUAUAGAUUCCGAAAUAUUCUAUCAAGGUUCUUGUGAUGAAAUGUUGCGGUGUAUACAUAUAGGACUUCUUUGUGUGCAAGAACUAGUGAAAGAGCGGCCAACUAUGGACAAUGUAGUGUCUAUGCUUAACAGUGAGAUUGUCAAUCUUCCAGCUGCAAGGCAACCUUCAUAUGUACUAAAUGAGAUGGGAUUUACUUCAAAGUCCACUUCAGAAACAGAGACUUCGCACUCUGCUAACUUUGUCAGCAUCACUGAAAUACAAGUCUCAGUCAUCCUUCUUCAACGUGCAUCUCAAGGACUCUUCAUCUCAGAAAUGGGAUUCUUUGGCAGACAUACAAUCCUAUUCUCUGUCAUGGUCAUACUUGUUUGCUCUUCUUUUGAAAUCUGCAGUUCCAAAGACACCAUCAAGUUAUCACAGCACAUUAAGGAUCCUGAAACUGUUAGUUCCAAUGGGAGUUUCUUUACGUUGGGAUUUUUCAGUCCUGAAAACUCUACAAAUCGCCAUGUAGGAAUUUGGUACAAGUCCCAGUCCAAUAUCAUAUGGGUAGCCAAUAGAAACCAACCAUUGAAGGAUUCUUCUGGGACUAUUGCAAUAUCUGAGGAUGGCAAUCUUGUCAUAUUAAAUGGGCAAAACCACAUCAUUUGGUCAUCAAAUGUGUCAAAUAUUACAGUCACUACAACGUGUCGGCUUCAAGGUUCUGGAAAUCUUGUCCUACAAGAUUCUGCAGAAAACAUCUUAUGGCAAAGUUUUGAACAUCCUUCUGAUUCAUUCCUCCCCCAAAUGAAACUUACAAGCAACAAAAGAACAGGUGAGAAACUAAGAGUCACAUCAUGGAAAAGUUUGUCAGAUCCAUCCAAUGGAAACUUCUUUGCCACACUUGAACAUCCAGAUAUACCUGAAAUAUUCAUCUGGAAUGGAUCUCGCCCAUAUUGGCGCAGCGGUCCAUGGAAUGAUAGGAUCUUUACUGGUAUAUACUAUAUGAAUGCCUAUUAUCUUCAAGGGUUUCGUAUCAUCAAUGACGAUGUGGAAGGAACUGUUUAUUUGGAUUUUAGUUAUUCUAAUGUGACAGACUACACAUUCUUUGUCUUGAACUUUCGAGGUGUAUUAUAUCAAAAAGAUUGGCUUAGUGACACAAUACAACCACAUCAGAACUUUAGUAUUCAAACUUCAGAAUGUGAUAUUUAUGGUUUAUGUGGAGCAUUUGGAAGUUGCAACUCAAAUAGUUCACCUAUAUGCAACUGUUUGAGAGGGUUUGAACCAAGCAACAGAAUGGAAUGGGAUAUGCAAAACUGGACUAAUGGUUGCGUUAGGAAGACAACUUUGCAGUGUGAGAAGUUGAAAAAUCAAAGUGCACAAGGCAAACAAGAUGGAUUUUUGAAGUUGCAGAUGGUUAAAGUGCCAGACUUUGGAGAAAGGUCUUCUGCUCCAGAGGAGACCUGCAGAAGCCAGUGCUUGGAGAAUUGUACUUGUGCAGCUUACUCAUUCAGCCCUGAGAUAGGUUGCAUGUCUUGGAAAGGAAACCUAAUUGAUGUACAACAGUUCUCAACAGGAGGACUUGAUCUAUAUGUUCGUCUAGCCUAUUCAGAUCUUGAAAAGGGGAGAGAUGCGAGAAAGAUCAUUAUGGUUUCAGUAAUAAUAGGAACACUUAUCAUUGCUUUUGGUGCAUAUGUUUUAUGGAAAAUAGUGAAACACUCAGAGAGAAAAUGGAAGAACAAAUGGUUCUUCCGAUUAAAGAAAGGUAAAGAAUAUUCAGAGAAAACACAAGACAGCAUUAUUGAAGAAUUGUCACAUGUUAGACAACCAGAGGUAUUGGCAUAUGGUCUUGAAAAGGUUGCAACUGCUACAAACAAUUUUGACCUCUCUAAUAAGCUUGGGCAGGGUGGCUUUGGUCCCGUGUACAAGGGAAUAUUGCAAGAUGGUCAGACUGUAGCAGUUAAAAGACUUUCUAGAGCAUCUGGACAGGGACUAGAGGAAUUUAUGAAUGAAGUCAUUGUCAUUUCCAAGCUUCAACACCGUAAUCUUGUAAAACUUAUUGGCUGCUGUGUCGAAGGAGGAGAGAAGAUGUUAAUCUACGAGUAUAUGCCAAAUAAAAGUUUAGAUGCAUUUAUUUUUGAUCCACUGAACCAUGAAAUCCUAGAUUGGAGAGAGCGCUUUGACAUAAUUGAAGGGGUAGCUCGAGGAGUACUUUAUCUUCAUCGAGAUUCUAGACUAAAAAUUAUACAUAGAGACCUAAAGGCAAGCAACAUAUUGCUGGAUGAGAACUUGAAUCCAAAAAUAUCAGAUUUUGGUAUGGCAAGAAUUUUCCAAGGGAGUGAAGAUCAAGCUAACACGAGAAGAGUUGUUGGAACCUACGGUUAUAUGUCUCCUGAAUAUGCAAUAGAAGGAUUGUUUUCAGAGAAAUCCGAUGUGUUUAGUUUUGGAGUUUUACUACUAGAGAUUGUAAGCGGAAGAAGAAACUCAAGCCCUUCUAACAAUGAGGGUUCUCUCAGCCUUCUAGGACUUACAUGGAAAUUUUGGAAUGAAGAGAAUACUGCGUUACUAAUAGAUCCUAGAAUAUAUGAUACCAACCUGGAGAAGGAUAUUUUGAGAUGCAUACACAUAGGGCUCUUAUGUGUGCAAGACCUUGCAAGAGAAAGGCCAAGUAUGAGCAUUGUGGUUUCUAUGCUUAACAGUGAGAUUAUAAAUCUUCCUCCUCCAAAUCAACCUGCAUUCAUCCAGUGGCAGAGUUUGACGUGUUCAGCAUCCAGUGAAGAAAGUCAAACAUUGUUUUCAAACAAUAGUGUUAGCAUUACAGAGAUAGAUGGCAGAUAGCUAGAAUACCACAUUUUCAAUGAAAUAAUUUAGAAUUAUUUUUAUUCUUGAAUUAUUUGGACAAUGCAUAACUAUUUUCAUGAUGGCAGAUAAUUUAGAGAUAGAUGGCAGAUAGCUAGAAUUAUUUUCAUGGCUAUAAUAUUACAGAAAAAUAAGUUUCUCCUACUCGUGACUUGUAAUGUUUAUGUGGAAACAUGGUAAGUUAUCCUUUGCAGAUCAAUUAUGCCAAAUAAAGUGGCUAAUAGCUAUAUCUUUCUGCAAGAUGCAAUUCUGCGACAGAGAAAUCAGAUGUGUAAAGCUACACAAUUCGUUUUGUGCAAGAGAUCUAUGCUUUCAAAACUCAA